AUGCAAGGGGAGUGGGGAAACGGCAUCAGGGCAUACCCCUCUGGCCGUGGCUUCUUUCGCUGCCCACUACUAUGGGCGCGUCGCUGGGAGGGCCCUUCUGGGGCCCGUGAAGGCAUCGGAGGUGAAGAGAACCGCCCGGCCGGGUGCAACCCUAUACAGGGAAGCCCAGCCAGGCGAUCAGCGUCUUUGGGGCUAGCAGGUUACGGGGGAGCGCGGGGCGGUCAAGUGGGCGGGCGUGCCAGGCUGAGCUGUUUCCUACUGGCUAGCGUUGGCAUCUGCACCGCGACUUUUGGACAUGAACACGUUCAUAUUCGGGUCCAUAUACCUGAGGAGCAUCAUUCGUCGAAAGAAGUAGUAGUACAUGAAGAACAUGGACAUGGCGGUGGGGGCGGCGGUGGCGGUGGAGGAUUUGGGGGCCACGGAAGUGGUCUAGCUGACCAUUUACAUGGAGGUUUCGCAGAUCAUUUAAAAGGAAGUGGCGGCCACGGUGGAGGUGGUUACGGAGGUGGAUUCGGAGGCGGCUUUGGAGGAGGUCACGGAGGAGGAUUUGGUGGAGGUCAUGGAGGAGGUCACGGAGGAGGAUUUGGAGGUGGUCACGAUAUCGGUGGCGACCACGGGUUUGGAGGUGGACACGACGGAGGAUAUUCUGGCGGUGGUUUCGGUGGCGGACAUGACUUUGGAGGCGGACAUGACUUUGGAGGCGGCCAUGGUGGAUAUUCUGGGGGAGGAUUCGGGGGUGGCCACGAUAUAGGAGGUGGUCAUAGUGGUGGACUUGACGGUGGUCAUAGCAUUGACAUCGGGGGUGGCGAUCAUGGAGGCCAAGAUUUAGACGGUGGGCAUGGAGGUGAUUUUGGAGGUUACGAUUUAGGUGGAAGUCAUGGUGGAUAUGAUCUCGGCGGAAGUAGUGGCGGACAUGGCGGUGGACACGGAGGCGGCUUCGGUGAUGGAAUCGGAGGAGGUGGUUUUGGAGGCGGCUAUGGCGGUGGUCAUGGAGGUAGCAUAGGCGGUGGCCAUGGAGGUGGUUUUAGUAGUGGUCAUGGAGGCGAUCACGGUGUCAGCUUCGGUGGAGGUCAUGGUUCCGGUGGCUUCGAUGUUGGAGGUGGCCUUGGGGGGUACGGAGGCCAUGAUGAUCAUAGCAGUGGUGGAUCUAGCCAUGGAUAUUCAGGUGGCCAAGAUAGUUAUAGUGUUGGGCUUUCUGGACAUGAUAGUCAUGGAUCGAUUGGACUUGGAGGCUUCGGUAGCGGAGGAGGUGGUCACGGAGGUGGAAUCGGCGGAGGUUUUGGCGGAAGUCAUGGGGGUGGGCAUGACAGCUACUCUGUUGUAAGUGUCCAAUCAUUUGGAGGUGGCGGCAGCGGAGGUCACGGUGGAGAUAGCUACAGUAUUGGAGGAGGUCAUGGAUCUGGAGGUUUUGGUGGAGGACACGGAGAUAGCUAUAGUAUUGGAGGAGGUCAUGGAUCUGGAGGUUUUGGUGGAGGACAUGGAGAUAGCUACAGUAUAGGAGGAGGUCAUGGAUCUGGAGGUUUUGGUGGAGGACACGGAGAUAGUUAUAGCCUCGGUGGUUCCGGCGGUCAUGGUGGGCAUGGUGGGUUCAGUUUAUCUGAUUUAGGUGGGCAUGGCGGUGGCAUCGGCCAUGGCAGUAGCGGAAGUAGUUUUGGUGACAGCUACACGAAUGCACUAGGUGCUGGUCACGGAGGUGGUCCAUAUCACAAACGAAAA